AUGGUUUUCGGGAACCUAGGUAGCUACCCCAGGCUGCUUGUGGCCGCGGAGCCUUCGCGCCUGGAGCUCGGUACACUCUUUGUCGGUCUCGCAUCUUCAAUCGCUUCCGGUGUUCCAUUCCCAAUUAUUGGAAUUAUCUUCGGUCAGCUGCUCGACGAUUUCAACUCCGUUACAUGCAGCGAAUCCGAUGGCGGCGGUUCAGACUCCAGUGAGCAAGGUGGAAUUAACAGCAAAAUUCUCCUGAUUGUUUACCUGGGAAUUGCUCAAUUUGUCUUGAUUUAUAUGCACUUGCUAUGCUGGACCAUGACGGGUGCCCGCCUGGCGCAGCGCCUACGUGAAAAGUAUCUGCAAAAUUUGCUUCGCCAAGAGCCUUCUUUCUUCGACAAUUUACCCGCCGGAGAGGUUGCUUCUCGAUUGAACACCGAUAUCCAGACCAUUCGCUCUGGUACCGCCGAGAAAGUCGGAAUCUGUGUUUCCAGUUUCUCCUUUUUCGUCACUGCAUACAUCGUCGCCUUCAUCAAGGACUACAUUUUGGCAGCCAUGUUGAUUUCCUUGGUUCCCGCGUACUUUUUGAUGUCUUUUGUUGGAAGUCAUUAUAUUGAGAAAUACACCGGGCGCAUGUCCGACUUUGCCGCUUCCGCCGCGUCGAUCGCCUCGGAGGCGCUCAACAACAUCGUGGUCGUGCAGGCUUUUGGUGCCAAUGGUCGUCUGGAAGAAAAGUUUUCUAAGGCGCUCAAGGACUCUGAAGGCGAGGGUCUGAAGAAGGCUACUGCUACUGGAAUCCAGGCUGGCUUCUUAUACUUCAUCGCGUACGGUGCAAACGGUCUUGCCUUCUGGCAAGGAAGUAGGCGCGUGGCAGAUGCUGUGCGCUCUGGCUCAGCUGGAGCUACCGUUGGAUCUACGUUCACCGUUAUCUUCGUCUUGGUCGAGGCAACCCUAUUGCUGAGCCAAGUCGCACCUUUCAUCCACCUGUUCACACAGGCCGUGGCUUCUUACCACAAGUUGCGUGAUGACAUCGAGCGCCCAUCGUUGAUCGAUGGCUCCUCCUCCGAAGGUAUUCGCCUCUCUCAGGCAGAGGGUGGAUUCGAAUUCGAGAAUGUCUCUUUCAUUUACCCCUCCCGCCCUGAGAUCACCGUGCUCAACAGCAUCAAUCUCUCUAUUGCCCCGAAGAAGCACACUGCCAUUGUUGGUCUUUCCGGCAGCGGAAAGUCCACCAUCGCUGGUCUUGUUACCCGGUUGUAUGACGCCACAGAAGGUCAAAUCACCUUCGAUGGCCAAAAACUGACUGAUCUGAACACACGUGAUUUGAGAGGAUUCUUAAGUCUGGUUCAACAAGAACCAUCUCUUCUUGAUCGCUCCCUUUUGGAAAAUAUCGCUCACGGCUUGAUGAACUCGAGUAACCCAGCCCAUGCGCAUCUCAAGGCUACUCUCCUCGGAACCUCCCUCACUGAUCUCGCUACCGAGGUUCGCGAUGGUCAAGAUCUUACUCUCGCCGCCGAGCGACGCGGCGCUGAUGUCGUCGAAAUUGUCGAAUUGGUCCGCAAGGCUGCAGGUCUCGCCGACGCAGAUGGCUUCAUCGAGGCUUUGCAAUACGGAUAUGCUACCAUGGUCGGCUCAAGUGGUCGCCUGAUCAGUGGUGGACAAAAGCAGAGAGUGUCCCUUGCCAGAGCUCUUGUCAAGGACCCCGCAGUCCUUAUCCUAGACGAAGCCACCGCUGCUCUUGACUCACGAAGUGAGCAACGCAUCCAGCGCGCUAUCAACAACAUCUCCACCGGCCGAACUGUCAUCACCAUCGCUCACCGUCUGUCUACCAUCACCAACGCGGACAAGAUUGUUUGCAUGCACAAGGGAGAUAUCCUGGAGGAGGGAACGCACACAGAGCUGAUGGCCCAGAAUGGACCGUACUCCGAGCUUGUGAAACUGCAGACCCUUGGAGCUGCAUCUGCAUCCAGCAAGACCGACACCACUGUUAGCAUCGAAAGUGUCAGCAAAUCUGAUGCUACUUCAAUCACAGAUGUCGAAAACGAGAAGGGCAGCGUUUCCAACGAUGUUGAGCCUACCAAAGACACCAAGAUUACCACGGCUGAAGCCCCCGCCACCGAUUCUGCCGAGGAGGAGGAGGAAGAGCCCGAGACACCACCCAAGACCCUGUGGGCUCUUUGCAAGGGCUAUGCACCCGCCUUGAGACCUCACUUGCUCAUCAUCUUCGCCGCCUUGUUCGGUGCCAGCAUGGUUGGUGGAGCCUUCUCUGGCGAAGCUGUCAUUUUCGGAAACACCGUUGGAAGCUUGAACCCCUGCAAGGGCGCAUCCGAGAUCUUGAAGAGCGGUAACUUCUACGGUCUGAUGUUCUUCGUGCUUGCCAUCAUUGAGUUCUUUGCCAACAUUGUCAGCUGGGGAGGCUUUGGUUUCGUCGCUGAGAAGAUGGUGUAUAAGGUCAGAGUUUUGUCUUUCCGUUCCUUGUUCGAGCAGGAUCUGCAGUGGCAUCAGUCCAACGGCCGGUCCCCCGCACUUCUUCUCUCGUACAUCACCCGUGACGGUAAUGCCUUGGCUGGUCUGAGUGGCUCUGUCGUCGGUACUCUGUUCUCCAUCACCGUGAACCUCAUCGCUGCCAUCAUCUUGACUCACAUCAUUGCCUGGCGAAUCGCUCUUGUCUGUCUGGCUUUGGUCCCCCUUCUUCUCGGAGCAGGUCUCAUGGAGUUGAUGGUUCUCGGUAAGUUCGAAGAACGCCACGAGAACGCCUACACCAAAUCUGUCGACAUUGGCGUGGAAGCAGUGACCUCCAUUAAGACUAUUGCUUCCCUUUCCCUCGAAGAGAACACCCUCCAGACCUACCGUCGCUCGCUCAAGGGACCCCGCAAGGAAACCCUUAAGGUCACCCUGCAAGCAAGUUUGUGGCAAGCUAUGACUUACUUCCUCGGUAACAUGGUCAACGCUCUUGCCUACUGGUGGGGUUCCAAGCAGAUUAUCAAUGGAAAUUACACCCAAACCCAGUUCCUCAUCGUUGUCUUCUCCCUUUUGGUCAGCGCUCUCCUCUGGAGUCAGAUGUUCGCUCUUGCGCCCGAGCUUUCUGCUGCGCGAUCCGCAGCUGCCAGAAUUCUCGGACUGAUUGAGAUCGGCAAGGACAAGAUGAACGGCAAGAUCCAGUCUUCUAAGGGUAAAGACGUCGAGGCAAUCGAGGAAAAGCCCACCUAUGACUCCGGCAACAUGGCAUCGAGCGUGCAACUUCGCGAUGUUCACUUCUGCUACCCUGCCCGCCCAGACAUGAAGGUCUUGAAGGGACUGAAUGUUGACAUCAAGCCCGGAAAGUUCUGUGCUUUGGUCGGUCCCAGUGGUGCCGGAAAGUCAACCAUCAUCUCCUUGGUGGAACGUCUCUACACGCCUGAAUCCGGGUCCAUCAUCAUCGACGGCGUCGAUGUAACAAAGACCACCGACGUCUCCUUCCGCGACUGGGUCUCUUUGGUGCCCCAAGAGAGUGUCCUCUUCGAGGGCAGCAUUGAGUUCAAUGUCGGUCUUGGUGCUCGACCUGGUCACGAUGUCAGCAUCGAAGAGAUCCAGGAGGCUUGCAAGCUUGCAAACAUCCACGAUGUCAUUAUGGCCUUGCCUGAGGGUUACCAGACUCUCUGCGGCCCCAGUGGUAACCAGUUCUCCGGAGGUCAGAAGCAGAGACUUUCCAUUGCUCGUGCGCUUGUCCGCAAGCCCAAGCUUCUGAUCCUUGAUGAGUCCACCAGUGCCUUGGAUGCGGAGUCUGAGAAGCUUCUGCAGGAUGGUUUGGAGAAGGCCGCUCGCGGUAUCACUGUCAUUGCCAUCGCUCACCGUCUUCACACUAUCCGGAAGGCGGAUGUCAUUUUCUUGAUUGAUGGUGGUGUUUGCACUGAUUCUGGAUCGCAUGACGAACUGCUCGGACGCUCAGACAGUUACAGAGCCAACGUCAUGCACCAGACUGUGGCCACUUGA